UUUACCAGAGUGAACCCAUCAGAGUGCAGUUUUCCCAACGCCAGCGUCGUUAUUCGGACGAACGAGCAGAAGCCAGUCAGUGAGAUUGUGCUUGACGUUUACCAUCCUGCAGUACCUACAGUCAAAGUACUGUUAGUUUCCCCCUCGUCGUUGUCGGUCGAUCCGUGGUAUCUUUUUUUGGUUCAGUGCGAAGUUCCCUACGAUGCCCUUCGUUCCUUCGAUGCGGUGCAGAGUGCUCUCGACGAGUAAUUAAGAAUAGAUGUGAUGAAAUUUGUGCUAAUAGCCGUCUAAAGAAAAGACGAACACGAUAGCAAUCUUACGGAACCCGUUAGAGUGGAGUACGUUGUUCCAGAGUGACAUUGAAAUUUUGUUUGUAGUGUGGUGAAGAGAACUAAUUCUACGAAAAGGAUUGAAUCAUCCUGUCUGGUUCUGGUGAGCCGUAUCCUGGGUGCUUUGUGUUGUCUACCAAGGGAGAACAAGACAUUAAGAUAACAACACCUUUCAAGCCGCUGGAAGAUGCGCGGAAGAUUGCGUUGAUGGACCCACCCCCGCCGUCUCAGACCCACACUGCCAACGGAGGAGCAUCUCGAUUAAUCGUAGCAGCAUCUCAGUAGUGUCUUUAAUCUGGCGAUCUAGAGACUACUGUGCCUCCCGAAGCUGUCGAAGAUCAAUGUCCGAUCGGCGGGGUUUCCACCAUCAUCACCAUCAUCGUCGUUGUCGAAUCAAUUGCCCCCCUUGAAGCAGAAUUGCCGCACAUAAUUCGGCUAGUUUCGGAUUGAAGCGCAGGUUUUCUGAUCGAUCCAUAGUUGUUUGGCGUCGUUCGAGCGGAGCCAACGAACGAUCGAUGCUGAUGGUCGCCACCAACGAGCGCUGCGCAGUUUCGUAAUCGCAAAAUCAAAACACGAAACCGUUACAAAUCGAAUUUCGUUGGCCGCGGAGCAGAAGAAGUAGAACAAGCACGCCACACAAUCGUUGCUGCGUGCUUCCAUUUUCUGUAUUUGCAAACUCCGUAAAACGGUUAUAGGCCCCAGCAGUUACAAAUUAUUCGGCGAAAUCACGAAGUUGAAGCAGCAGAAGAGUGCAAAACCGCGAAAAGUAAAACGGUGCAAUCCUACCCGCCACGCCACCCGGUGUCGGACCACGGCGGCCAUGAAAUGUGACACGGAAAUAUUGACCAACGACCGCAGUCCGGCCACUCGAAGCGAAUAAACCCACUGCACACAACGAGAUCUUCCAUUUACAACUAACAACAAUAGCAAGCAACUGGCGAGUCUGCUUUCGUUGUGACGUUGACGGUGUGGGGGUGUGCGAAAAGCUUCAAGUGCUUCGAAUGUUAUGUUCCUUAUGUCGAAAAUAAUUCGUACAUUGUUUUGACAACCUGAAAACGUGCGUAAUUUUCCUAGAACAAAUCUAGUGCAAUAAAAUUGGUCCCGGUGAAUAAAUAGUGAAAAUAAUCCUUGCCUACCCAGGGAUGUAAAUUCUUAGAUAAAAGAGUUAAGUUAUUGUUAAUCAGCGGUAUAUAACGGCAAUACAUAUUCAAUCUAUAUAGAUUUAGGAUAAGUGGGAUAUGGUUCAGUAAAUCGAAAAAUCGAUUUCAAUUGUAAAAAGAUUAAUAUUAGUGUAACGAAACCAGUGAUUUUGAGUGAUCAUCGGAAAGCGAUUCCGAAAGUUUUAAAAGUGUUUAAUAAGCACAGGAGAUAGUGUACGUAACACAAACGUACGUAAAAUAACAAGCAAACGUAUCAAUCAAAAGAUGAGGAGGAUACCGAGGAAACCCAGCAGCAGCAGUCUCCCCGGGUUCAGCAUGGACCGGGAGAGUUUGGCGGAAUGGGCAAAGGAUAAGCCCCUCAGCAUACUGCAGCUGGACCCGGCGGAUCGUGCCGUACUGAGAAUAGCAGACGAACGAGAUGCCAUACAGAAGAAAACAUUCACAAAAUGGGUCAACAAACAUUUGAAAAAGGCCUCCCGAAGAGUAGACGAUCUGUUCGAAGAUCUGCGCGAUGGACACAACCUUCUUUCGCUCUUGGAAGUAUUAUCUGGCGAACAUCUUCCAAGGGAGAAGGGAAAAAUGCGCUUCCACAUGCUGCAGAACGCACAGAUGGCGCUCGACUUUCUGCGCUACAAGAAAAUCAAACUGGUCAACAUCCGGGCGGAGGACAUCGUCGACGGAAACCCAAAGCUCACACUCGGUCUAAUAUGGACCAUCAUUCUGCACUUCCAGAUUUCCGACAUCGUCGUCGGUCAGGAGGACAACCUAACGGCACGGGAAGCCCUGCUCCGGUGGGCCCGCCGUUCCACAGCCAAAUAUCCGGGCGUCCGGGUAAACGACUUCACCGGCUCCUGGCGGGAUGGGUUGGCGUUUUCGGCGCUCAUCCACCGGAAUCGGCCCGAUCUCAUCGACUGGCGAGACUCGAGAUCGCGCCGACCGCGGGAGCGGCUGGAGCAAGCAUUCCACGUGGUGGAACGGGAAUAUGGCGUUACGCGGUUACUCGAUCCGGAGGACGUUGACACCAACGAACCCGAUGAGAAAUCGAUGAUCACCUACCUGAGCUCGCUGUACGAUGUCUUCCCGGAGCCCCCGCAAAUGCACCCGCUCUUCGACAUGGAAUCCCAACGGAGGGUGCAGGAAUAUCGGGAACUGGCCCAACAGCUUCUAUACUGGUGCCGGGAAAAGACCUCCCUCCUCCAGGAACGAGCAUUCCCCACGACCCUAAUCGAACUCAAACGGUUACUAUCGGACCUGAACCGGUUCCGAAGCGAAGAAGUGCCACCGCGACAACGCGACAAACAACGACUGUUUACCAUCUACAAGGAGCUAGAAAAGUAUUUCGAAUCGAUCGGCGAAGUGGACGUGGAAGCCGAGCUGCGGCCCGAAUCGCUGGAGAAAGCCUGGCACAGGCUCAUGUCCGCACUGGCGGAUCGGGACAUGAUUCUCCAGCAGGAAGUGCAACGGCUCGAACGGCUACAGAAGCUGGCCGACAAAGUACAACGCGAGUACAAACACACCGAAACCGUUAUUACCAAGAUCGAAACCCGAAUCUCAGAGGAAAGCCGUCGAAUCGAACGACUACACCCGGUCGAGGCGAAGAACAUCGUCGAGGGACUGGAACUGGACAUCCGGCAUCUGGAGCAGCCGCUCCAGGAAAUGAACGACGACUGCCAUAACUUGAAGGACGGCCGAUACCCCCAGGCUGGAGACCUGCAUAAAAAAGUCACAAAACUGCACCAACGGUGGUCCCAGUUGCGAACUACAUUCCACACUAGUUUAGUACAAAAAUUGUCCGGACUGAGCUAUCCAGUCCAGGAGACGACGAUUACGAAACAGACCCGCGUCGUCACCGAAACACGCCAAAUCGGAACUAAUCCAUACUUCCGAGACGUCCAGGAGUACACCGAGUGGUGCCAAUCUAAACUGAAACAACUCCUCACCUCCGACUUCGGUUCGGAUCUGCCGUCGGCCAAGGUGGAACUCGAGCGGCACCAGCACGAGCACAAAGUGAUCGACCAGUUCCACUCGAAGAUCAUCCAGAGCGAACGGCACCAGAGCAAUUUCAGCGGCGACGAGCUGCAGCUCUACCAGCAGAAGCUCAGCCAGCUGCAGAAGGUCUACGCCGAACUGUUGAGCACUUCGACGAAGCGCCUUUCGGAUUUGGACGCGCUGGCCGAUUUCCUGGCCGCGGCAACAUCCGAGCUGAGCUGGCUGAACGAUCGCGAACAGAUCGAGGUCAGCCGGGACUGGGCCGACAAGAAUCUGGAUCUGUCGGCCGUGCAUCGGUACUAUGAGAACCUAAUGUCCGAGCUGGAAAAACGCGAAAUCCACUUUGCCACCAUCCUCGAUCGCGGAGAGGCACUUCUAGUCCAACAGCACCCUGCCUCGAAGUGCAUCGAGGGCCACCUGCAAGCCCUCCAAUCGCAAUGGUCCUGGCUGUUGCAGCUGACGCUCUGCCUGGAGGUGCACCUCAAGCACGCCACCGAUUACCACUCGUUCUUCGACGAGAUCCGCGAGGCGGAAAACUGGCUCGCCAAACGGGACGACAUCCUGAACACCAAAUACAGCCAGUCGGAAUUUUCGCUGGAUCAGGGCGAGGGACUUCUGCGCGGCAUGCAGGACAUCCGGGAGGAGUUGAAUGCCUUCGGCGAAACGGUGGCCCAUCUACAGCACCAAGCCACUACGAUAGUGCCUUUGAAGCAGCGGAAGCAGCCGGUCAAUCGGCAGUGCACCGUCCAAACCAUUUGCUCCUACAAACAGGGUAACAUCUCGCUGGAAAAGAACGAAUCCUGCACCCUGCUGGACACCUCCGGCCGGGUGAAAUGGCGAGUGAAAACGAACAAGGGAGCGGAAGGAUCCGUCCAUGGUGUGUGCCUUCUGCUGCCGCCACCGGACCAGGAAGCGAUUGAGGCGGCCGACCGAUUGAAGCGGCUGUUUGACCGUUCGAUUGCGCUUUGGCAGAAGAAACAACUACGACUGCGGCAGAACAUGAUCUUCGCCACCAUCAAGGUGGUCAAAGGCUGGGACUUUGAGCAAUUUUUGGCGAUGGGAGCCGAACAGCGGACGGCUAUCCGGCGAGCAUUGAACGACGAUGCCGACAAGCUGCUGGCGGAAGGCGAUCCGGCCGAUCCCCAGCUGCGCCGACUGCGGCGUGAAAUGGACGAAGUCAAUCGACUGUUUGACGAAUUCGAGAAACGUGCCAGAGCUGAAGAGGAAAGCAAACAAGCUAGCCGAAUCUUCACCGAACAAUGCAUCUCCCUGAAGACGCGUCUUGAGGAGAUGGCCCGCGAACUGGACCACAUAAUCCUCUCGCCGAUGCCGCGUGAUCUGGACUCGCUGGAACAUGCCGUCCAGAUCCUGGACGACUACAAGCGGCGCCUUAGUCUGCUGGAACCGGACCUUAAACAUCUGCAGGAAACGUUCCGCACCAUCACGCUCAAAACGCCCGCUCUCAAGAAGAGCCUCGACAACCUGCUGGAACUGUGGAAGGAGCUGAACACCCAGGCCAGCCUACAUGGCGAUCGGCUGAAACUGCUCGAAGGUGCCCUAGCUGGACUGGAGGUCAACGAGCAGGUUAUCUCCGACCUGGAGGGCAAGCUGUCCCGCCAGUUGGAGCUGCCGUCAUCGCAGGAAGGUCUGUACGAAGUUUUUAAGAAGUUGAGCGCCAUCCAGGAAACGAUUUCCGCUCAACAACCGGAAAUGGACAAAAUGAACGAUUCUGCCGAUCAGCUUGGUCGUAUGGGAGUUCCGACUAAGGUUCUCGGGGACCUGAAGCGGCUCCAUGCCAAUGUCGAACGAUUGAAUUCCCGGUGGAACAACAUCUGUGGUCAAUUGGCCGAACGGUUGCGAAGCGUAGAAACCGCAAUCGGUCUGAUGAAGAACCUGCAGACGAGCAUUGUCGUGGAGGAAACUUGGGUCGAGAAGCAAACCGAGAAGCUACAAGCGCUGCCAACGGCCACUUCCGCUAGAGAACUGGAUACCAUGCUGGGAGAGGCGAUGGAGCGUGCACCCAAGAUCGAACAGGUCAAUCUCACCGGUGGCCGCUUGAUCCGAGAAGCUAAGAUCUACGAUGGCAAGUGCCUGCACUACAUCGACUGGCUGGUGGAGAUACGGCCGAGCUUUUCGCCUCCCCGGCAGGACCUGAGGCCACCGGACGCCGACCCGGGCGCCACCGAGGUCUACUCGAGGCGGCUGGACUCCCUUAACGGGCGGUACGAGUCGCUCAUUGAGCAGCUCACCCAGCGGCUCAAGACGGCGAUCGAGGUGAAUGGCGCGGACGGAUUGCAACGAUUUUGUUUCAAAAUUUUCUUAAAUGCGCAGAAUAUGGUACCUCCACGGUAUCACAUUUCAAAACCUCGUUGAUUAAAAUCGAAACCA